AUGAAGUCUGUGUUCCAGGUUGAGGGGAACAUGGCUACUGGCUCCAGCCUGACGGAUGUUUACACCACACCAUCACCUACCGACUAUCCCACUCCCCCUUCAUCCUACUCGAGCACCGGUGGCUACAUGAAACCUGCCAUCGACCUCGCUGGAUGGAUGGAGUUCUGGGAUUAUGCAGGAGGCGCAAGCUUCCGAGCUUUUGUGGCCGAAGACGGUGACGAGAGAAGUCUCUUUGCCUUCUUCGACGUAGGACUUAUGGGGCGAGAUCUAAAGAAAGCUUUAAUUGCGUUCAUUGAUCUGGCCGAGGGUCCACUUGCCUGUACUCAAGUAGUCAUCUGCUUGGACAGAUUGAUACCAGAAGACGACGUAAAGAGCCUGAUGAGAAGCUUCCAGUGGGUUGGCUUCGAGCUUAGCACACUGGACCAAUGGGCUAAGGGGAUUGACGUCACCAGCGAUAAGUGGUUGUUCAUGGCCAUGGAAGUCUAG